UGUGUGUGUGUGAGAUUGAUAACUCCUACGUCACAGCCGUUGGUCUAGUUGAGCUCAGUUCGGAUCAGAUCAGAUGAGUCGUCGCUCUCGGGGAAGAACUAAACCCCCUAAAUAAACCGGAUUAACCCGCGACCUCUUCACUUCCGGACCGAACCGGGAAACUUAUUUAACCCGAAACGGGAGUGCUGAGAGCGGAGGGAAGGAGGCGGGCAGAGCCGCUGUGCUGGGAACCGAACGUCCGCCGCCCGCUGCUGCGUUCACCGCCACGCCGCCUGUCACAGAGUCAGGGGACUCCCCGUCUUCUAUCGAGUUGAUCGGAUUUGAGUCGCAUAGACACCCGUGAGUGAGGAUGGAGAAGAAGAGGACGGAGUGUCCCGCGCUGCCGCCCGGCUGGAAGAAAGAGGAAGUGAUCAGGAAGUCCGGGCUGAGCGCCGGGAAGAGCGACGUCUACUACUACAGUCCGACGGGAAAGAAGUUCAGGAGUAAGCCCCAGUUGUCCCGUUACCUCGGCAACAGCAUGGAUCUGGCAUGCUUCGACUUCCGGACAGGGAAGAUGAUGCCCGGGAAGCUGCAGAAGAACAAGCAGCGGCUCCGACACGACGCGCUCAGCCUGGCCAAGGGAGGAAAACCAGAUCUGAACACAGCUCUGCCCAUCAGACAGACGGCGUCCAUUUUCAAACAGCCCGUUACCAAGGUUACCAAUCACCCCGGUAACAAGGUGAAGGCCGACCCGCAGAGAGCGACCGAGCAGCCGAGACAGCUGUUCUGGGAGAGAAGGUUAAAAGGUCUCCGGUCGUCCGACGUCCAAGAGGAACUUCUGAGGACCAUGAAUCUGCCCAAAGGCAUUCAGAGUGUGGGUCCAGACUCCGGAGACGACACCCUCCUCUCGGCCAUCGCCAGCGCUCUGCACAUGAGCUCGUCUCCGAUCACGGGACAGACGUCGGCGGCGGCCGAGAAGAACCCGGCGAUCUGGCUGAACACGUCGCAGCCGCUGUGUAAGGCCUUCACCGUCACAGACGAACACAUCAGGGAGCAGGAGCUGAAGGUGCACCAGGCCAGGAGGAGCCUGGAGGAGGCGCUGAUGGCCGAUGGUUUGGCGCGGGCCGCCGAAAACACCAGGGAGCUUUUAGAGGGGAGGACAGCCUGAAGACAGACAGAUUUCGUUCAUUCACCAGCCUCAGGUUCUUCAUCAUCAUCAUCAUCAUCAAAAUCAAAAUCAAGACGACAAACCAAAACAACCACAGACUCAAGAAGAAAAAAUGAAAAUGCACUGAUCCGUCUGUCUCAGCGGGCGACUUUUUACCGGACGACGUCGCAGCAGGCGUCCGUCGCCGUUGUCGAACGACUGCAGCAGAACCAGGAACCUCGCAGCAGCAGCAGCAGCAGCAGCAAUAACACGUAAACUCACUUCACCAGCUCGAAAAACAACGACUGGAGCCUUUAAUCCUCUUAGAGAUUUCUAACUUUAUCGCGUCUCAGUUUUUCAAAAAUCAGGAAAAUGUUUCUCUUCUAUCUUGCGAUUAAACCCAAAGUCAGGUUGCAAACUGCUGGACGGACUUUGCGAACUCUACUGAAAUCCACCGUUCUGUCUUUGACCACUCGAUGAGUCACAUGAUCGUCGCUUUUAAAGACGUCUUCAGGGCUUUUUUGUUUUUGAGUGAAUGGUAAAAAUUUUACAUCAAUAUUAAAUAAAAAAUAAAUGCUUAUUUAAGAUGAAAAUUGACCUUUUAGAUACCCUUAGAGGGAUAGUUUGCGAUGUCCUUUUUUUGAAGUGGGGGUCAUGUCACGUUGUUAUACAGUCAUUCCGUUUUCACGCACAGUUAACACCGUUCAAACGAGCACAAAAACUAUUUAGUGAAUAAAUGGUGUUUGCCUACACUGUACUAGGUGGCGCUAUAUCUGCUUUCAGCUUGUUAGCAUUAGGUGUUUUUUCCCCAUUGAAAAAAAUUGUGAUAAACUAAAAUAUCACAAUAUUUCAUGGCAUUAUACUGUAUCAGUGAUUUUAUGUGGGAGUUAAACCUCCAACCACUAGUUGGCAGCACACUUUUUGGCCCCCCCUUUGGCCCCUUCCACUCCACUCACUGUAUAUUGUCCAUAGACUGUAUAUAUGAUAACAAAAAUAAAUAAAUGGACGUAGGCUUCCACGUUUCCCCCCUGGUGCUGAAUAGCCACCGGGGGGCGACUACACUGGUUGCAAAAAAGUGGAGUUAAUAAGGCAUGGCGGCCAUUUUGGCAGGAAAACAGCUGAUAAAGUGCAACACAUGAGUGAACACCAGUGUGAUUUAAAUAUUUUAUAUUUAAAAUAUUUAAAUCUCAAAGCGGACGCAGCAUAAAUCAGUCAAAUUCUCUGUGUGUUUUUAAAAAGUCUGAAUUUAGACGGACUAACACGUUCAUAAAUCAUGUUUAUAUAGAGUUUGUUGCUCAGGCUCACUUCCUGUGUGGAGAAGCAGCCAGGAGAGCUCAGUGAAACAUUUUUUAAGCUGAAAUGUUUGUUAAAUGAAGAUUAUUUUCUCAUUUGUGUCACGAUGUGACGACGCCGGAGAAAUCAAAGAUUUUUUUAAAUCGACUGCCGACGUUGUACAAACCCACUUCAAACAUCAACAAUCGCGCACUGUCCCUUUAAGAACAUAAAUACUGUCUGUGUACAUUUGCUGGACUGGAGUCAAAUAAAACAGUUAUAUUAUUAUUAUUAUUCA